AGGUCUCUAAGGAGGGGAGAGGCCAGUUCCUCAUUUGAGCUGUAUCAAGGUCACUUGCACUCAGAAGGGAGGGUGCUUUGUUACAGGCGUGCGGAACCUCUUGCUCCGAGAGCCCUGGUCUGGCAGCUCUCUUUGGGAUUCUGCAAACUCUGGAUGGUCAGGAUCCACACGGACAAUGUCACAUUCAGAGGCAAACCUUCCCACAGAUUCCACCAUCUGCUCCUCCCCACGGGAGAUGCAGCCACCAGCCUGUGACUGUCCUCUGGGAAAGGACCAAGAAGUGCCAGAGGAAGGGUGGCUCUUGGAUUUGGAAACUCAGCAACCCCACUGUGCUCCAGAGAACAGCAACCCAGACGGUGUGUCCUGGAAGCUUCCAUCAGUCGGUCCUCUUAGUUUUGUGGGGAGAACAGAGUCUUCUUGUCCUGAGAUGCAGCCCCAGGGCUGUGGGACCUCUCCUCAGGGGCCCUGGAACCCGUCAAAGAAGCUCUGUGAGAACCAGGGGAACCUUCUCCAGUUUGACCGGCAAGCCCCCGGCCGCAUCUCCACCUCUCCCACCUUGAGGAGAUUAAGGGGCAGUAGCCGGGGGUCUUCCAUCUCGCCACCUCACCAAGAUGUCUUGGAUGUGUCCACCCAGAGAAGCUGGAGAAAUCCUACAAGCUCCCCAGGUCACCUUUCCAAGAGUCUACCUGGAAGCCCAAGAGAUUCUUCACCUUCCCUAUCACCCCUGAGACCCCGCUCAGGACUGCUUUCAGAUCCCGAAAGUACCCUCAGCACAGCUGACUCCUUCAAGUCCCAAACCAGGACCCCUGAUGAACAUGUCAUUCUUGCAUUUCGGCCCAUCAAUGAGGGGUCUCCUCACUGGGCCUCUCUUCCAGGGCAAGAAGGCCACUCAACACCCAACCCCACUGCAGGGUCCCCAAGACCUCAGGGAGAAGAACUGCAGCAAUCCAGGUUCUACGAGCGCAGGCGCAGUUCUGUGGUGCUGAACUUACCUGGACUCGAGGUGUUUCCCGGGGACCUUCUGGUUUCUGAUGGAGCUGCAGAUUACCUGUGCCACCCACUACUGCUGCUGAAUCCAGAAUCCAAGAAAACAAGAUGGCCUUUCUCCAAGAGAGGAGUGCAGAGCAAAGACAAACACAAGCUGGUCGCCGAGCUGGAAAACUGCCUGUCCUCUGUGAAGAUCACAGACUUCAGGGGCUACGAGUUCCGCCACUUUAAGGAUAAGACCUGGAACGAAGUCAUGGAAACACGUCAGAAACUCCCCCCUGAUGGAUCAGACUUGGGAAAGCAGCAAGAGGCUGUGUGGGAACUCUUCACGAGUGAAUGCACUUAUUUCUUGGACCAUUUAUUGGUUCUUAAGAUGAUCUUUUUGAAUACAUUAAAAUAUCUUCAAAUUCACGAAUAUCUCCUGGAUGUGGAUCUAUGGAGACUUUUUGCAAACCUGGAGGAGUUAACUCAGACAAGCCUUGGUUUUGUGAACAGUCUUUUCAGCAUCAUCAAGGUCUACGUAGAAGCUUCUGAGACUUCACCAUUGAUGGAUUUCCUUUCUGUGCUUGCAAAGUAUUUCCGAGGGAGCCUCUGUCAGAGCCACCAGACCUAUUGCCUGAAUUACUCUGCUGCUGUGUUUUAUCUUGAGAGCCUGAGGCAGAGAGAUGACUUCAGCAUUUAUUUAAAAUGGUGUGAGCAAAAUGAACAGUGCAGACGGCUGCACCUGCCUGAGCUGCUAGUGGCCCCGCUACACAGGCUUACUCGAUACCCCUUGUUGCUGAAGAAUAUCUGGAAACGGAGCUCGGACUCCACUGAGAAGAUCAUGAUCUACUCCAUCAAGGAGAAGGUGGAAAAGUCAAUCCGAGAUCUUGAAGGAAAAGUGAAGUGGCUUGACAAUUUCCAAAAAUUCAGACAUCUACAGGAGAUUAUAAUAUGGCCUCCACUUUGGGAUAGAGAUAAAAGGUUUUUCAUUCCAGAGUGUUUGAAACACAUUUUUAAGGACCACACAGCAGAACACAUCUUGUCUCCAACCAACAGACACCUUCUCUAUGAAGGAAAAUUAACUCUUGCAGAAAGCACAAGAUUCCUAGAUGUGUAUCUGUUCCUCUUUGAUGAUUUCCUCUUAAUUACAAAAACUAAACGCAGCAAAAAGAAACUUGGGAGUGCAGACACUGGUUUGAUAUGUCCUUCACUUACUCCUGAGCUGCAAACUGUAAUAAAAGAGGGUGGCUCCUGUAUAGUACUCGAUCAGCCCAUUCCACUAGAUAGAUUGGUUGUCAAAAGCAUUGAUCCGCUCCACGUGUCAGUCUUUGGGCUGAGAAAUGCUUUCCUUAUACAACAUGAAAACAGAUAUCGACAGUGUAUAGCAGCAUUCUUAUUACAAGCCCAAACAGAAGACAUCAAAAAAACAUGGAUGACACAAAUAACAGCAGCUAUCUCUUGCUUCACCAAGAGUCAGGAAACCAAGAAAAUAGCAUUAAUCAAACUAUCUGCAGAAUCCUCUGAAAUUUAGGGACCUAAACAAGUGGCAAACUUUAUUAGAGUUUAGGGCUUUAAGUAUUCUUUCAUUCAAUCUUUUGGUAACACUUAACCUAGUAAUGAAGUAGAAGGAAAUGUGCAUUCAUUCUAAAGGUGUUCCAAGAUUUGAAAAUUUGAGCUAGGAAAGUCCUUAGUAUAGAGGAAUAAUGACUGCAAGAAAUUUGAACUCUGAGGAACUUCUUAACAGCAACAUAUUGAUAUUCAGACUAUCUUCUAAUAUUUAAGUCAGAUUUGUAGGAAGCAUGAGUGAAGAAUGGUGCUAUUGAAAUUGAUAAAGAAUGAAUGGUCAGAUAAAUGGAAUAUCAGAAAGAAAGCAAGGUCCACUGCUUGUGUCCAGUAUGAAUUCUGGCAUUUUAUUUAUCUAUUAAGUAAUGAAACCAAUUUUCCUAUAUCGCUUGUGAGUGAGUCUUACUGCUUCAGAGUCUUACCUCAAGCACAAUGAUAAUUUUUGAUACAAAGUUUGCCCUUUUAAUAUAUUCAGAAAUAUAUAAGUUCUAUAUUUUAACAGCAGUUUUUAAAUUCCUUUUCUCUACCGGUCAGUUUACUCAUCUUAGGUGUAUUCAUAUUACGCUAACUUGGACAGGAAAAAAAACCCAAAGAUCGAAUUCCAUUAUUUUAUUUUAAAAAAGAAAAACAAAUCUCUCUUCUACAUCCACCAACUAAAAUUUUAAUAUGGAAGACGUUCAUAGAAAUAGUAUCUUUGUUUUUUUGAAGAAUGGUGGUUAUGUAUGAAAAAAAUUUCUGGAUUUGUGUGGUAUGUGUACGUGUGCAUGUUAAUACAGUAUAGUCAAUUUAUUCAACAGAACUUAGAACUUUUCAAAUUUUUUAUCAGAAAAAUCAGCUUGAACUAUUAUCAUGGUGGGUUAUACCAUUAACUGAAUUUAAGGAAACCUGUUUUUAGGGUCAGAUAGCAUCAUAUGGAAGUCCACAAACUUCCAUCUCAGGCAUGGUGCCUUUUGCAGUUUCCAAAGUGGAAAAACACAUUUAUCAAAUUUUGCCUCCAGAAAACUGAAAACUUAACUGUUUUAUUAAAGCUGAAGAACAAAAUAGAGAGGAUGAUGUUUGCAGAAGUCACAUGCACAGUGAUUCUUUGAAGAAGCCACAGAUGUCACCAUGCAAACACGGUAGUGUGAGCAAGCACAGCAGACAAGCUCUUGUGCAAAAGCCACGCACUAUUGGAAUGAGAUUCAUGGUCUCUAUAGUAGUGUCAGGCAUUUGUUAGGAAUAAGUGAAAAUAAAAGGAAUAUCUGGAAAGUGGUAACUCUUGUUCAUAUAGCUUAAUAUUUAUAAAUGAGAAGAGGACAAGGCAAAGAAAAGGAGAACAGAUUUCAAAUGAGUUCCAAGAGAUGGUAUCUGGGUGGGAUUAAAAGCAAUUAUGUCCAGGAGAAGACAAUAUAGGUUUAUGCAAGAAAAGAUUUAUGAAGAAAUUUAUGGCUAAAAUAAAUAUUUUUAGGAAAAAAAUUAAUGAUCAUCUUGCAAGGAAUUUUUACUAUUUUUGUUAUAAACCUCCCAAAGAGGAAAGCAAUGUAUUAGGACUAGGCAAUCGCUCAAGAUUCCUCCAGUCCCUUGAUUCCAAUAAAGAAUAAGACAGGGGGAAAAAAAGUUAUAUUGAGUCUUCAAAAAAGUAUCUUUAAAUGGUCACCUGGGUAUUAAAAUUACACACACAAUAAAAGGGAGAUUAAUUUUAUAUUUUUGAUAUUUUUUUCAUUUUGUUAAUUCUCCACAACAUGGAAAAGAGUGAAAAGGAAAUGUCUCAAGCAAAAUGGCAUUUAAUUUCUCUUGAGAUCAGGAACUUAAUUACUAUCCUAAGUUGAAUGACAUUAAAACAUUAUCACUGUAUAUAUCCAAGUGCAGAGUACUAAUAGUCUGUAAAUAAACUGAUGCAAAAUGGUUAA